GAUUUCCUGCUUCCCCAGCAGGUCAGAGUUGGGAGGUUGCAGGCUCAAGAUGGCUGCGUCCAUGGGUGACAUGUUCUCCUUUUGUGUGGAUCCAGCCGGUCGAGCCCGGGCCGUGGUGGAAGUGCGGUUCAUUAACAAUGUCAAGGGCAAGGGCUUAUUUGCCACCAGGAACAUCCAUAAAGGGGAAACGAUCUUCAUGGAGAAGCCCGUGGUGUCUUCCCAGUUCCUCUGGAACGCGUGGUACAACUACAAAGCCUGCGAUCACUGCCUGCGGGCCCUGGAGACGGCAGAGGAGAACGCGCAGAGGCUGCUGGGGAAGAGCUACCAGGUGCUGCCUCACCCGGACCAGUGCGGCAUCCGGAAAGACUUGCAUCAGCAGUGCCCGCAGUGCCAGGUGACGUACUGCAGCGCUGCGUGCAGGCAGUCUGCCUUGGAGCAGUACCACCAGGUCCUGUGCCUUGGGCCAUCCAGGGAGGACCCCAUGCAUCCCCUCAACAAGCUGCAGGAGGCCUGGAGAAACAUCCAUUAUCCUCCAGAGACUUCAAGCAUCAUGCUGAUGGCAAGGAUGGUGGCUACAGUCAAACAGGCCAAGGACAAGGACUGGUGGAUAAAGCUUUUUUCCCAGUUCUGCAGCAAAACGGCCAACGAAGAGGAGGAGAUCAUCCACAAACUCUUGGGGGACAAAUUUAAGGGCCAGCUGGAGCUCCUGCGGCCGCUCUUUGCAGAAGCCCUGUAUGAGGAGCGUCUCGGCAGGUGGUUUACUCCUAAAGGGUUUCAGUCACUCUUUGCCCUGGUAGGCACCAACGGCCAAGGCAUCGGGACCAGCUCCCUGAGUCAGUGGGUCCAUGGCUGUGAUGCGCUGGAGCUGCCCCUACAAGAGAGAAAGCAGCUGGACGCCUUCAUAGACCAGCUCUAUAAGGACAUCGAGAAAGAGACCGGGGACUUCCUGAACUGCGAGGGAUCAGGGCUGUACGUGCUGCAGAGCUGCUGUAACCACAGCUGCAUCCCCAAUGCCGAGACCUCCUUCCCGGACAACAACUUCCUCCUCCACCUCACAGCCCUGGAGGACAUCAAGGCGGGAGAGGAAAUCUGCAUUAGCUACUUGGAGUGCUGCCAGCGGGAUCGGAGCAGGCACAGCCGACACAAGAUACUCCGGGAAAACUACCUGUUCACCUGCUCGUGCCCCAGGUGUCUGGCGCAAGCCGAAGACCCUGACGUGACAUCGGAGGAGGACGAGGAGCUGGAGGGCGAGACGGACGACGCGGAGCUGGAGGAUGAGAUGACGGAUGUUUGAUCCUGGGCCUGGGGGGCAUGGGGCUCCUUGGGCUCCCAGCAGGCCGGGAAUGCAUGGCGGGGGGAGCACACCUUGGCACUGCCCAUUGCUGGUGUCGUGGCGGGGUGGGAGGGACGAAUGGUCAGGCAGGGCUGGGCUGUGGGUGCAUAUGCCUCUGGUCCAUCAGCCCCGCUGCUCCGUGAUGCACUGGACAGGUAGCGAGUGUCCUGCAGCUAUCGCUGCAGCGCCUGGCACGUUCUCGUGAGCAUCACAGCCGUGUGUGGGGCAGGCGGGGGGACCCCUGCGCUGGUGCACACACAGCACCACACACUGGGGCAGGGCCUCGCACAUGGCCUCAUCCAGUGAGAAGCAGCUGCUAUUAGAUGCAAUGAUAAUCUGACAACUAGGGAGGCAGGGACCAAAUGUCUGGGCAGGGGUGGGUGGGGAAAGAGGUUUAACCUUGUGGAGACUGAUGUAUGCAGAGCGGUGGAGGUGACUGCCUGCUAGGACCAGCCAUGGCCUCCCCUCACAUGCAUGGGCAAUUAGCUCCAUCUCUGUGUGCAAUGGGUGCAGGAUGGUGCUUCCCUUGCCUUGCUGGGUGGGGCGGGAGGAUGUGAGGCUGCUAAAGUCUGUACACAGCCACGCCAGCUCUGCAGCACUCGGGGGGCUGAUGGUCGGGGCACCGGCAAGGGACAGGUUAAGUAGCUUGGUGAUGCAGGCCAGGGGGCAAGGAUGUCUCUGCUCCUGGGCUCUGAUCCCCCUGCUUCCUGCUCUGUGCUCACGCUGGUGACCCCCACCUCAGGGUGAGAGCCCCUGUGGGAGUUGCUGGGCACGGCAGGGCUUCAGCCGCUCUCCGGGUGUCCCCGGGGGUUAGGCUUUUUGGGUAGGAAACAAGCUGCAGAUGGUGUCUGCCAUCAAAAUCAGGGCCCCUUGGGGCUGGGGUGUAGGGCAGGGCCUAGCCCACUGCUAAGUCCUGGCCUCCCGGUUUUGCAAGCACAGACCUCCCCUGGCUGGACCUGAUCCAACCCCAAGCAAUGGAGGUAGGACACGGGGUGCCUCCUGUAUCCUCCACCCCUCUCCCCUGACCCAAGGGACUAAGGAGCCAAGCUUGGUCCUUCCCUGUCUGCAUAGGAUGCUUGGCCUCACCGCUGCUCUACCUGCCGGCUGGCUCCACCGCUCUGAUACAGCUGGCACUAGCAAAUUGGGACCAGCUGCCUCUUCACCUCCCCCCCUCCCAUUACAUUGAGAUAGAUGCUGACCGGCACAGAACCAGACCCACCUUUUUCUGGCCCCCACUGGGCUCCUGCUAUACCAGGCCUUGAGGAAGUGCGGUUGCUUUAGGGCACUUUGGCUUUCCCCUGCCCCAGGCUGGGCCAGCCCCUAUCCAGAUCAUUGGGGCUCUUUCUGCUGCCUUCCCUGGGUGUGCAGAGGUGACGUUUGCUCUGAACUCCUGUUGCUCUGACCCUGUACUUGAUGCUCUGCAGAUCUCGGGCCGGGUUGUGCUCUGCGUCACAGGGUGUGAAUCUGGACUAGCUUCCCCAGAAGCAACUCUGAGCUGAUGUGGGCACUAGCAAGAGCAGAGCUUGCUUGAUCUCCACCUGCUUCCAGCUGUGCCAGGCAGCGUUUUGCUCUUGCUUGAAUCAAUACAGCAAUACCUUUUGUUUGAAAUGGUGCUAAUUCCCACUGUGCUGGCUGGCUCAGGGGUGCAGCCUGAGCUGACUGUUACUGGGGUGGCUUGUGUGGGCUCCAAAAUGUGGCUUGAGCACGGUCGUCUUCCAGGAACCAAGCUGAUGCGAGGAACUAAAGAGCAAGAUCCCAGCCCUGGGGGCUCUGGGAAAGGCUCUUUGAGAAUGAGGAGCUGCCACGAUGGGGACAAAGGCGCUGUGUCCCUGGGAUGGCUUGGCUGGAGAAUAAUGUGCUUGCAAAUCCCGCUCAGAUGGGUCACUUAAGCUGAUCCCCCUCUGUUUGUUCCUUUGGCCAGGCUGCGGCAUGCAUCAUCCAGCCACGUUACUGAGUUUCACUUCCUGGUGCUCAGGCCUCGGCCCUGUGCCAAUGGGUAUCUCUGCAACUUGAGCAGCCCCAUGUCUGACUGGGCUCCUUCCCUUUUAGGCCCUGAGACCAGGCUCCUGCUAAGGGGAUCUUGUUACCAGGACUUUGGCCUGCUAUGGAGGUGCCCUUGGCUGCCUGUCCCUGCUACACUUCUCCAAUUACUCCCCGUGAGCCCUUGGUCUGCAGGGGAGAGAAGGUCUCGCUUUGUGGGGGGGCCGAUGCCCCUUUAGCUGCCUGGUCCUGCAGCAGCCGGGGCAGGGAUUCAGGAUACGUGUGGAUCCAGCCUCCCACGUGCAAGCCCACAACUGCUGGCCAGCUCUUGGGAGCAGGCGGCUCAAGGGGUCUCAGUCGGGACAGAGCAGUGUGGUUUUGCAAGGGCAAAGCGCUGACCCCACCCUCCAGCCUUACUCCCUGCCGGUGGCUUCCAGUGCUGCCAAGGCUUUUCCUUUCGGUGCCAUCAUUCUCCCCUGUGCGUGCUCCACGCGGCUGUAAGUCGUCUCGCCCCACUCUGCUCUCUCAUCCCUGGCUGGCAGUGCCUCGCUGUACGGACCGGCUCUGUACACAUGCCCACAUAGCGAGACCCCUCCCCGGCCUGUGUGCCGCCCCCGUGAUGCGUGUCGUGAAGCUGCUGUCUGCGGCGUUGUCCCUUUGUGUAGUGUCCAUGUACCCAGGAUGCAUGAUUAGAGAGAGACUUGCUGUGCACUGGCAGCAGACUAAGCCCGUGGAUGGGCUGCACCACGUAUGCUCUCAUUAGCUCCUGGGCACCGUGGCGUUGUUUGAUCUGUCUUGGUUUGUGCCAUGCAAGAUGUGGGGUGCUCCCUGGCCAUGUCACUCGUACUCCGGUGAGAUGGCCCAGCAGCGUGCUAGCACCACCCUGCCUGUCUUCCUGCGGUGCCCAUCUGUCCUCAAUAAAGCGAGAUGAAGAACGGC